CACUUCUUUAGGACUGGAUGCAUCUCAUGCAAUUAUUUCCACUAAGAAGCUUACACAACCUGGAACCCCUGGGUGCAAAGAGUAGGAAUGAGCCGGAGUCCACAGGCUGAAGCUGAUGAAGUUCAAACCUUUAAGAGACCACAGAGAGGUACCAGAUACCAUCACAACUGAAGUCCUAAUUUUUGGAUAAUCCUUCCAUGUGGUGUCUUUGCACUCAAAUUCCAUUGACCAGAGUGUUCAUCCCUUAGACAGACAAUGGGUUCUCUCCCAUCACCCUCCGACACAGGGACUGCCUCCAGAAAAAUGACUUUUGAUGAUCUUCUCAUUGAGGCCGGAGGAUUUGGAAGAUUUCAGGUUAUGGUUUUAUUGAUUCUUUGUAUCCCUCGGCUCAUUGUCCCGCUCCACUUUCUACAGCAUGUCUUCAUCUCAGCUGUGCCACCCCACCACUGUGCCAUCUCUACCCAGAGGAACCCUGGGAACCUGAGCCAAGAGGAUCUUCUCUUCAUCAACAUCCCCCAAGAACCAGAUGGGACCUUCAGCUCCUGUAAGAUGUACUCUCAGCCACAGCCUCACCUGAUCCUCAACAGAUCCCAGGAGACCAUCAAUGGGUCUGAUGUGCAGAGCUGUGACCAGGGCUGGGAAUAUGACCUGUCCACCUUCUCCUCCACCACCGUUACUCAGUGGGAUCUGGUGUGUAGCCGCAGAGGGUUGAGUAAAGCUCUGGCCACUCUUUUCUUUAUUGGAUUGACGGUGGGCGCUAUCAUUUUUGGAGACCUGUCUGACCGAUACGGCCGCAGAGUGAUGCUCUUGGUCUCCAUGCUCCUGGCGAUAGUGUUUGGGGGAAUGUCUGCCAGUUCCAUAUCAUACUUUAUGUUUGCUGUCUGCUCGGCCCUCUCUGGAUGCACUUUUUCAGGACUCACUCUCAAUAUAAUUUCUUUAAGUGUGGAGUGGGUGGACGCACGGCAUCGCACUGACGCUGGUAUAAUUACUGGCUUCUGCUGGUCUAUCGGGAACUGUGCCCUGGCACUGUUGGCGUAUCUCCUGAGAGACUGGCGCUGGCUGUUGGUGGCCAUCACUGCCCCCCUUGUCCCGGCUGUUAUCAGCAUCUGGUGGGUUCCUGAGUCCGCACGCUGGCUGUUGGCAAAGGGUCGUGCUAAGGAGGCUGAAGAAGUGCUGAUGAGUUGCGCUGCCAUGAAUGGUUGCAGUUUGGAUGCAUUCAAGAAGAACAGUGAGAGUAUCCAGGCACUGGCGGAAGCUGACCCCUCAUCUCAUACCUAUUCUUACAUCGACCUCUUCCGUACACCACGUCUCCGGAGGAUCUCUGUGUGUUGCGGGCUGGUGUGGUUUGGUGUGGCAUUUUCCUAUUACGGCAUCAUUCUGAAUGUCUCUAGUUUUGGAUUUGACAUCUAUCUCACCCAUUUUCUCUACUCCUUGGUGGAAUUUCCUGGGAAGUUGGGUGUCUAUUUCCUCAUGAACCACCUGGGCCGCCGCUGGUCACUAAUCUUCACCAUUCUUAUGACUGGAGUUUGCAUCGGAGUGUCUGCCGGGAUCCCUCCAUCUCUGAGACCAUUCCGCACUGCAGUGGCCAUCAUUGGAAAAGGAUUUUCUGAAGCUGCAUUUACUGCCAUCAUCCUGUACACUGCCGAGCUCUUCCCCACUGUGAUCAGGCAGAAUGGCAUUGGAUACACUUCCUUCGUAGGACGACUUGGGGCCUCUGUGGCCCCUCUGAUGCUCCUGCUGGAUGACAUCUGGCACCUCCUUCCUCAGACCAUCUACUGUGUAACUGCUGUGGCUUGUAGCUUGUUGGCCUGUCUGCUGCCAGAGACGAUAAAUGUGCCUUUACCGGAGACCAUCGCCGAUGUGGAACAAAAAAGGGACUCCGAGCGGCUGAAUAACGGCGAUACCCCACUCACAGAACUGGCACCGAGAAGCACCAUGUGACCCAGAGACCAGAGGGGGGCGCACUCAUCCAGAUUUGUAAAUGUGAACCUUUCUUGUAGUCCUUUACCCCGAGUGUGGUGUACUGGGUGGAGCAUGCCUGUUCUAGUGGCAA